CCACUCCAACCCCAAGUUCGUCAAGAUGCCUACCAUGUGGCUAACAGACACACAAAAAAUCGGAGUCGCCUUCUGCUCAGGGGGUAGGUACGCACCCUCACCCUCACCCCCACCCUCAUCCUGCGCGCAUCCCCGCAGCGCAAGUACACAGUAGAGAAACCCGUCGAGGAUUAAGACAUGGCAAACAGGCGGCUUCUUCCUGCUCGGAGGCAUCAUGAUGUUCUUUGACCGCGCAAUGCUAGCAAUGGGCAACAUCCUCUUCCUCAUCGGCCUAACCCUCAUCAUCGGCCCCCAAAAAACCGCCCUCUUCUUCGCGCGCCGCCAGAAAUGGAAAGGCACCGCCGCCUUCGCCGCCGGCAUCUCGCUCAUCCUGCUGCGCUGGCCCUUCUUCGGUUUCCUGAUCGAGUUGUAUGGGAUUUUAGUGCUGUUUGGGGAUUUCCUGGCCACGGUGGCCGGGUUCGUCGGGGGUGUGCCUGUGGUGGGGCCCGUCGUGAAAGGGGUGUUGGAGAGGAUUGGUGGUGUGGCUGGGGGGGCGGGGGGGGGGAGGGGGGAGUUGCCGGUGUAA